CCGCGAAAAACUAGAAUCCGCUCAGCCGGCAUCGAGUGCGCGUCGGUUCGGUGUACACGAGUUUCCCCAUCGCUCAGCGUUUCUUUUCCGUAGCCAGUGAACGAAGAGUAGCAAUUCCCUAGCACGCGUUUCUUUAUCCUCGGCCGAGAAGCCUCUGCGAGACUCUCUUCGUCGGUAGACUCGUAAUAAAUAUCCGAGUGUUUAUUAUAUUUGUUCAGUUUUGCGACGGAACGACGCUACCGUGGUAAACCACAGUGCACGACGAGAACAGUGAUCGACGGACUUUGCCUCCCGCGGACUGCGUCGAGUGCCCCCGAGGAUACCUAGAGUGCCCUUCAGGAUUACCGACUCCGCCGGAGUCUUUCCCAAUUGGCUUUUCUUUCGCUCGACCGAAGGAAAGUUCGCUGAAGGAGGCGCGAAACGAUGCAUCUGCCGGAAGGACCGCUAGGCAUGGAUAGCUACAACGCGAUCAGAGAGACUCUGCAGGUCCACUGCGACCUCGUGAGGACCGGAAGUCCAGCUAUCCUCUGCAGCGCGUUACCCUCGCACUGGAGGUCGAACAAAUCGUUGCCCGUGGCCUUCACGGUCGUGGCCCUCGACGAGGUCAGCGACGGCACCUUGGUCACGAUCAGGGCUGGCAACGACGAGAAUUGCUGCGGGGAGCUCAGAAACUGUACCGCGAUCAUGAAGAACCAGGUCGCCAAGUUCAACGAUCUUCGAUUCGUCGGCCGCAGCGGAAGAGGAAAAUCGUUCUCCCUGACGAUCCAGAUCAGCACGGUACCAUUCCAAAUCGCCACCUACACCAAGGCCAUCAAGGUCACCGUGGACGGACCCAGAGAGCCGCGAUCCAAGUCAAAUUAUCAAUACGGACACGGGUUUCCCGGUAUAGGAAUCGGGCUGGGCCUGAACCCGUUGGUGGACUUCGCGUAUCUGGGACACGCGUGCUACAUGCCCCAUCCUGCUUUCGUGAAAGGAACCAUCCCGAUGUCGUCGACGGAUCUGUUCCCGCCAACGUUCCCACCAACGGUGCUGCCGUCGUACCCGUUCGACCACGUCAAGUACCCGACAGAGUACGCGACGCUGCCACCAAAGACUACCACUACGACCAGCUCGCAGCAUCCCAUCUCCAGCAGCCCGUCCAGAACGCCGCCGAGGAGUCCGAGCGAGUCUGGAAGCGAGUCCGCCGCCGAGGAAAUCCGCAGCGCGUUCGUUCCAAUCAGGUUGAACACCCUGCCGCCCGCCCCGUCGGUGAUCACCGCCGCGAAAUCUUCCCCGGAGACCGCUACCGUCUCGAAGAAGCCGACGUUGGGCGUCAGGAACGAGCUGAAGGCGCCCAGGUCCCUGAUCGGCCUGAAACUGUCGCCCAAGAGGAGUCCAACGCCGACGAAGAUCGCAUCGCCGCCACCUGCCAAACCUGUCUGGAGGCCCUACUAGGCUCGGACCAAGGUGUAGAGAAGGCUCUGGGACUCUCGAAGAAUUCCCGCUGGAAGGCUAGUGAUUACUUAGACGUCGUCGGCGCAACCCGAGUCCUUUUUCUUGUUCGAGCGCGCGCCGAUCCGCUCGACGAUCUUCGGCAGAUUCGAUUUCGAUCAAGUUCGGUUAACGGGCAAGUUCUCUGUGGUUCGCGGGUUCGGUUAACGGAGGAGUUUCUCUCUACGACGACUGGUUGGUUCUUCGGUUUUACGAAGACGGUGUUAUUAUAGUUGAUAGUUACAGAGAUUGUACGCCGACACAUCUCUCUAAAUUGUGGCCGAUGAACGGCCGCUUUCAACGCGUCGGUCGUAUGUACAAUUCGCAAUACACAAAGUAUUAUUGUAUAUAGGACAGUUUGUAUAUACGUGUAGAUAGUUCGUGGACAAUAAUGUAGAAGAAAGAGAUUAACUAUAUGUAUAAACAUCGCGCGCGCGUGUGUGGGUGGAAGUGCGACUGUGUCGAUGGUUGUAUGGGAGGGAGCGCGUGUGAGAGAGACCAAAAGACAGAGAUAUUGAUAUUAUUUAUAAG